AUGGAAAUGAACAAAAUACAAGCUCUUUAUGAUACUUGCCAUGUUUUGUUUUCUCCAGGAAAUGUUCCAAAUUUUCAACAAAUCCAUUACCUUAAAAAUCUGUUAGACAAAAUCGAAGCAAUAGAUGUAGGAAUCGACGAGUUCGGGUUAUGUGAUUCUCCUACUACAGAUUCAAAGGUUGAUAACGGUAGCAGGAGGUUGCUUUGUGGACAAAGUUUCUCUGAAAUAACAUACAUUCACAUUCAUGAAUGUGACGAUGUUUCGAUAGGUGUGUUCUGUGUUCCAGCAGGAAAAGAAUUUCCUCUUCAUGACCAUCCAGGAAUGACAGUGUUGAGCAAGCUUUUAUAUGGUUCUGUUUAUGUCAAAGCUUAUGAUUGGAUCAAUUUUAAUAGUACCAAAGGUCAAACAAUAGGAUUGGCGGGGAGGGUAAAAGAUGAAGUGAUGAAAGCACCAAAUGAGCCAUCAAUAUUAUUUCCAAGAAGUGGUGGAAAUAUUCAUUCUUUUAGAGCAUUGACUUCAUGUGCAAUACUUGAUGUGCUGUCUCCACCAUACUCUCAAGACUUUGGAAGACCCUCCACUUACUAUUAUGACAUUCCUAUUCCUUAUCUCAAUGGUUAUUCUAUGCUUGAGGAGAGACCAUUGCCUGAUGAUUUAGUUGUUCAUGGAGCACCAUACAUUGGAUCUUCAAUUAUAACCAAUUACGAUGGUUACGAUUUUAGUGAUUUAUGA